UCCGCAAAUCUAAAGUGAGCACCACCUAAGGAUAGUUAGGAAGCGCAUUUGAACAACUACGACUCUUCUUAGCUAGUACUUGCAAGAGGGAGCUGACUUAGAAGGUUCGUCAGCAAGAAAGCUCUCUCAACUUCACUCGGUCGAAGUCAAAGAUUGUACAUCAUGUAUAGCUUUGGGGACCAUCUCCACCGGCACAGGUGGACACUACUUUUAGGAUUCCUGGCCAUAGCCCUGGUGGCAUUCCAAGGAGAAGCUCAGGAGGCUUCUAUCAGCUUCAGCUCAGAUUCAGGUCUCCUGCCAUGUGUCUAUCGAGGAGUUCCAUAUCUCCAUGACGAUUCGUGGGCAGUGGACGAAUGUACCACUUGUAUGUGCGACAACGCCACUGUGACCUGCGUGAUCGAGAGUUGUCAGCCCGCAUUCUGUGCCGAGCCAAUAAAACCGGAGGGAGAAUGCUGCUACCUUUGUCCUUACAAUGUGCUUGCGAAGAAGGUCACGCCUGAAAUCACGAGCACUAACACCAUCGCAGAAGGAGGGGACAACACGGUAAGCCUUGAUGUGCCCAUCAAGUUCCAAGAUGCCAUGGACACCACUGGAGUCUCUGGGACAGAUCUUUGGAAGCUUUCUGCCUGGGCUUCAGCUACUCCAGACGGCAGAAGUCAAAGGAUUGGAUACGAAGAGGACAUUCUGGACGCUGCGCAAAAAGACCAGUACUAUAAAAAGAAGGAAAAAUUCUCGUUCAACAAUCUGGAAUUUUCCUUUUCUGAUCCGAUGGCUGAGUGCGACGACAUGAAGUAUAUUUGUGUUAGGAUCGAGAGGGGUGAUAACCCAACAACUACGGGGGAUCUUGGCUAUACCUUAGGAGGAUAUCCAGAUAGCAACGCACAAACUGGUUGUACUGGAGCUCCAGAAUGUCGAGGUAUUGUUGCGAAGGACCUAGAAUGGGAACUGGAACCAACUGAAACAGUUGUCCCCUAUCAGCAAACGGGGGUGAAUAUAGACGCUUCUGUCUUCUUCCGUGAGGAUAACCCAACGUUAUCUGGAAAUGGACUAUGGACUAUGGGUCUCUACGGCAGCCGAACCCCCGAUGGCCUAGGGGACAAAUAUGGCUACGUUCCGCAGACUCUGAGCUGGCCCCAACAGGGAACCACCCUGGACGAAGGUGUCCCUCUAGAGCUCAUGGAUGUGGAGACCGACUUUGAAAUCGGCUCCGUCGGUUGCAACGAAUUUGGCUAUGUGUGCGUGGAGUUCACUGGAGGAGACAAUCCCUCGCCCAACUAUUUCUUCCGCAAAGAGGGUGCUACAGAUAAUUCUAGAGCAUCAAAUACGAUCACCAAAUGUAAAGAGCAGGAGUGUUUAUCAAAUGUAUGGGCCGAGUCUCUGGAUUGGGACUUAACACCAACGGACAGUGUCCUACCCGGUCGAGAAACCGGAGUUACCAUCGACGGCACAGUCAUCUUUGAAGAUGAAAACCGCGAAGUUGCUGGUGAUGGCCUCUGGAGGAUGGGGCUGUAUGGAAGCAGAAACCCUGAAGGAACUGGAGAGAAAUUCAACUAUAAACCAAAUAUUCUUGAUAGGCCACAAGAGGGUAUUACCUUGGAGGAAAACAGUGGUUUACUGGAAGAACCUGGGGUUACUACCAACUUUGAGAUUGGCACCGUUGGUUGCAACGACUUCGGAUAUGUUUGCGUUGAAUUUACCGGAGGAAAUAAUCCGCAACCUAUGUACUUCUUUAGGACCAUGGGAUCCGCAAGUGAACGUAGCGAGGACAAUGUUCUAGUAAACUGCAAGGAACAGGAAUGCUUAUCAAAGGCAAUCUUUACCGACCUGGAAGUCGAUCUUGGUGACCAAGUCCUCUUCGAGAAUAAGAACAAUCCUCUCACAGUGGACUUGAGCGGAAUCACGGCCGACGACUCCAAGAACGUCUGGGGUGACGACCUAUGGAUGGUCGGCGCAUAUGCCAGCAAAAGCCCCGAGGGUGAAGGACCAAAGACCGGUCUGGUUGAGCAAAUUCUCGAUCCCAUGGAAGCUGGCACCAACCUGAAUGAAGGGGAGGAUCUUCCAUUUGAACAAGUUGAUUUUGAUUUCGACAUGACGGGGGUGCGUUGCGAAGAGCCUCUGUACCUUUGUUUCGACCUUGAUAAGAACCCCAAAGCCAGUGUUAACUACAUCUUUGAAGCUCGCCCCGAUGAUUCAGUCACGACUACAUGUGUCGACAUGAGUGAUCGUUGCAAGGGUGCUACCGCCACAGACAUUGAAUGGGAGCCCGAGAUUGGUGAUGCUCCCUUUGGACAACCGUCACCUUUGACCAUCGACGCAGAUGUCCUUUUCGACCCGGACAGUCCCGACGUGGUUGGAGAUGGUUUGUGGCAGUUGGGUGUCUUUGCCGCUAAUAGCCCCGACGGCGACGGACCGCGCAGACAUGAGGUUACACAGCUCCUUGAUCCGUUCAACGAAGCCUUGCCUCUUGAGGAUGGUGGACCUCUGGAGUUCGGCAAGCUUGAUGUCGACUUCCCCAUUGACGAUAUUGGCUGUGAUGAAUUCAGGUGGCUCUGCGUUGAGUUCAAGAAAGGGGAAGCACCCACGCCAGACUUCAAAUUUGAGACUGAAACUGGAGAGGAUUCAAUAAUUUCGUGCAAAGAGCAGCCGUGUAGAGGUGUUGAAAUCAAUAACCUUGAAUCUACGCCAACGGAUGUUUUAACGGAUCUCGUGCUAUACGAAGGAAAAGCGGAAAAUCCAAUCACCUAUAAUUCCGUCGCAUCCACCACUGAUGAAACUGGUACGAUCAGGGGUGUGGAUCUCUGGACCCUCAGCCAGUGGGGUAGUGAUCGCGCCAACGGCAACGGACCUCAGGCCAACUACCAGGAGCAAGUGCUCUCGGGUUACCACGCGGCCCUUCCUGUUAUGGAAGCAGCAGAUACACUGGAUUUCAUUCCGCUGGUGACAAACUUCGACAUGACCGGACUCAAGUGCCCUCAGGUCAAGUACAUCUGUAACGAGGUCAACAAAGACCCAGAGUCCAUCCCCGAUUUCGUGUUUACCCCUCAACCGGACGAGUCGGUACUGAGGAGUUGUUUUGAAGUGCCAGAUGACGCUUGCAGAGGAAUUAUCUUUGACGACAUGGACUGGGACAUGACUCCCAUUGGACCGGUCAGGGCUGAUGAACCUGACGAUAUGCUCCUCAACGUCGACCUUAGCACCUUGCCAGAAAGUGGCCCUGCCGAUGGUGAUGGGCUCUGGCGAAUCGGAGUCUUUGGUUCUCCUAGUCCUGACGGGGAAGGACCACGUCUCGGCUACGUCCGUCAGAUCCUGGACCGGGCAGAAUCAUCCACACCUGCAGACGGUGAAGGAGCACCUCUAGAGUUGAAUAAUCUGGAGGCCGAGUUCGAUCUGUCGCAGAUCGGAUGUGACUCGGAGUACCGCUUCCUGUGUCUUGAGUUCUCCAAGGGUUUGCGUGCCGCCCCUGAUUUUAAGUUCGAGGUGCAAGGAGGUGGUGAUCAAAUCAUCAGUUGUAAAGAGCAACCUUGCCGCAGACCUGUUAUUCUGACUGACGUAGAGACGGAUCUCCUGGGUAACGGACGUAUCAGCGAAGGCACACCCAACAACCGCAUUCUGUACGACAUCACUGGCGUCGCCGACCCUUCUAGUGGAAAGGCCGACGGUCGAGAUCUCUGGGACCUGACUACUUUUGGCAGUACAUAUCCCGACGGCCGCGGUCCCAGGUUUAACCCACAAGAGGCCAACGUCUUCACCCAGUAUCAAAAGGACAGACCAGCAUCUCCAGGGGAGAAUAUCCGGUACGGAGCCGUGGACACCAAUUUCGACAUGACUGGACGCACUUGCGAUGAGGUCAGGUACUUCUGUUCUGAGCUGCGCAAGCAUGAAUAUGCCGAUCCCGAUUUUGAAUUCAUUGCCAAACCUACAGAUGACGUGCUUGUCGACUGUUUCGAGCUCCAUUGUGAAGGUGUUUUGAUCGAUAACACCCGUCUUACUCUGAACUCUGACGACGAGCUGCAAGACGGACCCAACGAACUGUCCUUCGACUUCAAGGUCGACUCGAACCCCGCCGGAGGAGAUGCCGAAGGUGACAACCUGUGGCGCCUCGAGACCUUCACCGCCACCCACGACGACGGCACCGGUCGGCGAGAUAUCCUGGACCAGCAGACCUUGGAUCCCAACGAAGCCAGUCGUGAUAUGCAAUCUGGAGACUCAAUGGUCUUCCGGAACCUUGAGGCAAGGGUCAACUCUGAAGAUGUCAACUGCGAUGAAGACUACUACCUGUGUGCCGAGAUCUCCAAGCAGGUGCGCGCUCGUCCAAAUUUCUCCCUAGAGGGAACGAGAGAGGAUUCUAUGACAAGUUGUAAAUUGAUCAAGUGUGCUAAAGCUCGUAAGUAUCUAUUUAAUUUCUUCGGGGAUGGGGUCGCGUGAGGCUGAAACAUUUUUUCCUUUUCUUGUGGAGUACAUUUUGAUUUUAAUGAAUGAAAACUGAUGGCAAAUGGUGUUGCGGUGAAGGAAUGCAAUUGAACUUAAUUUUUCUUGAGCAAUAAUACAUUUAGUUUCAUAAAAAUAAAGCCAGCUAUGACUCAGAUUUGAUCUAAUAACGUAUUUCAUAAUAUACAGUAGGCUAACGGUUGCACCACUGGAGAGG